UUGACAUUUGUACUGCCAAUUACGACAGAUGACGUAACCUUAUUCUUUCCCUUCAAAAAGUUCAAAAUGUUAAAGACCAAAUACUUCGAAAAAACUUGAUAGAAUAGAAAAUAAAUAAAAAUUAUAUAACCAACGAUCAUUUUGUUAUGUAUACUAAUUAAAUAAACUAUAAUAUGUACCAAGGCGUAGUAUUUAAUUUAGGAUUACAUAAAUGUUUGAGCACAUCGUCUGUACACUUAUUUAAGCAAUACAAGUUUGGAGUCAACUUUAUUGUUCCCAGCACUAAUUACGUUAACAAAACGAAUACGAAAUCCUCACCACCUGUACUAGUAGAUAUAUCACAAAAUGAGGCAUUACCUCUACCGGACUUUUUACCCCACAAACCAAAAAUCGAACCGUCAUGGCAAAUAACCCCGUGUACUAAUAAAUCAAACGUCGUUAGCCAGUACCUGAAAUUAUCUAAAAUACGACUAACUUCACUUGUUGUUAUCACGUCUAUGGCGGGAUAUGCAGUGGCACCCGCCCCUUUCGAAGUCAUGCCAUUUUUAAUGUGUGCCACAGGUACAGCUCUACUUUCUGCAGCUGCAAACGCUACAAAUCAAUUCCACGAGGUACCGUUCGACGCGCAGAUGUCAAGAACGAAAAACAGAGUGAUAGUUUGUGGUAAAUUAACACCUUUACACGCUAUGGUAUUUGCCGCCACGACCAGUAUUACAGGCUUAGGGAUAUUAUAUUACGGAGUUAACGGACUAACAGCGAGUUUAGGACUGACAAAUCUACUUUUGUAUACCUCAGUAUACACCCCUCUGAAGAGAAUUAGCAUUUUGAACACUUGGGUUGGGUCAGUAGUUGGUGCUAUACCUCCUUUAAUGGGAUGGGCAGCUUGUGCAAACUCUCUAGGUCCAGGGGCUUGGUUAAUGGCUGCUCUACUAUACAGUUGGCAAUUUCCACACUUUAACGCCUUAUCUUGGAACUUGAGACCCGAUUAUUCGAGGGCUGGUUAUAGGAUGAUGGCUGUAACCGAACCAGGACUUUGUAGACGGGUGGCUCUAAGACAUACAAUCGCUAUACAAGCGAUGUCAGUUGCCGCUCCGUUAUUGGACACAACAAAUUGGUGGUUUUUGUUGGAAAGCACCCCGUUGAAUUUGUAUUUCAUAUAUUUAGCUUACAAGUUCUACAAAGAAUCAUCUAGUGCUACAUCAAGGAAAUUGUUUCGUUUUUCUUUAAUUCACCUUCCGUUGAUAAUGAUCCUGUUUUUGGUGAAUAAAAAGAAGUGGUUUCUUUUCGAAGGUGAGGAAAAUGAUAUAAGCAGGACAGAAGUAGUGGAAGUGUAGUGAAAGUGAUAUUUUCCUUUGAAUAAAGUAUUGUCGUUUGUU